AUGCAGAAAUUGUGGGAAGUAAAGGAAAACAAGAAGAAGGAGAGAAUCGUCAAAGGAAAAGAUCUAGUUGAUGUUGUCUUCUCAUGGUCUCUUCUUGAUGUGCUAAACUCAAAUCUCUACAAAGGAAAGGUCGAUAAGAUCCCUAACACAUUCCCAUCAAGCACAGAGUAUUUUAAGUCAUUUGUUAAUCCGCUUGUUGAAGAGACACAUGCUGCUUUGCUGUCAAGUAUGGAGACUCUGAGACGAGCUCCAGCUUUCAAAUUUUGGGAAAUCAAGCCAGCCAAAGAUUUUAAGCCUCCUAAGAGUCUUUAUUAUGAGGUUACUUUGCAGACAAUGUCUGAUAAUAUAACCAAUGGAGAACGAAAACUGUUAGAGUUUAAUGAUCUCAUUGCAGUGACUGAUAAGAAGCCUACUCGAAUUGAUGACUUGAGAUGUUCCAGUGAGCCUUACUUGCUAGCUCUUGUUUGUGGAGUGAACGAGGAUAAUCCACAUUUGAUAACUAUUUUGGCUUCAAAACCCAUCGUUUUUGAGGACGAUAACAUGGAAACGACAAAGAAAGGAAAGGGUGUGAAGAAAAGCCUCACCCUCUUUGGUGUUUAUUUGAUCAACAUGAUGACCAAUAUUCGUAUUUGGACUGCGUUGCAUCCAGGUCCAGAAGGAGGAAACUUAAAGCUUAUAUCUAGAGUACUUCAAAGCAACAAUGAGGUUGGUGGUGGAAGUUGUGUGCCCUGCCAAGAAAACGGUGAGAAUGUAGUGCCACAUCACUUAGAGAGAACGAUACGGUCAUUCAAACUGAAUUCAUCUCAGGAGGAUGCCAUUUUGCGUUGUCUAGAAGCUAAAGAUUGCUACCAUUGCAAUACUAUCAAACUCAUAUGGGGACCACCGGGAACGGGGAAGACGAAGACAACAAGUGUUCUGCUUUUGAACCUUUUGAAAAUGAAAUGUAGGACCUUGACUUGUGCUCCAACUAACAUAGCGGUUUUGGAAGUUUGCUCCAGGCUUGUGAAAUUGGUCUCUGAGUCAUUAAGGUUUGGUGGGUAUGGUCUUGGAGAUAUUGUGUUGUUUGGUAAUAAAGAAAGGAUGAAGAUUGAAGAGCGGGAGGAUCUUUUUGACGUUUUUCUUGAUUACCGUGUUGAGGAGCUCUAUACUUGCUUUCAGGCUGUGACCGGAUGGAGAGCAAAUGUAAACCAUAUGAUCAGUUUGCUCAGUGAUCCAAAAAAAGUUUAUCACCAGUCCAUCGAGAAGGAAUAUCACGGAAAGCGUUUCUCGUUUAGGCAAUUUGUAGAGGAGAGGUUUAGAAAACUCAGGAUUGACCUGCAUUUUCAGUUCUCAACAUUGUUCCUGCAUUUGCCAACUGCUUUGCUUUCCUUUCAAGUGGCGGAAAAGAUGAACCGGACUAAUGAUCUCCUUAGAGUUAUGACAAUUUCAGAUGUGGUGGCAAAUCGUCGGUCUUGUCAUGGAAGAUUGAAACAUGUCGUUAAAGAUUUUAGGAAAGAUGGCAGAUUGGAGAAUGAUUCAAGAAAGCAAGAUUGUCUAGAGAUGUUAGUAUCGAUCUGCAAUAGUAUCAAACUUCCGGAUUUUAUAGGAAUGUUUGAUCUUAAAAAACUCUGCUUAGCAAACGCAUAUCUGUUGUUCUGCACAGCAUCAAGCUCUGCCAAGCUACACAUGAGUAGUCCAAUACAGCUCCUUGUGAUCGAUGAAGCUGCUCAGUUAAAGGAAUGUGAAUCAGCGAUUCCUUUGCAGCUUCCAGGAAUUCAACAUGCUGUUUUGAUCGGUGAUGAGAAGCAAUUGCCUGCAAUGAUCCAAAGCAAGAUUGCUUUAGAGGCUGAUCUUGGAAGGAGUUUGUUUGAAAGAUUGGUGCUCUUGGGCCAUAAGGAGCAGUUGUUGAACAUGCAAUACCGGAUGCAUCCUUCGAUUAGUAUUUUCCCAAACAGAGAGUUUUACGGUAUGAAGAUUUUGGAUGCUCAUUCUGUAAGAGUGAGAAGUUAUGAGAGAAAAUUUCUUCCUGAGAAAAUGUAUGGACCUUACUCUUUCAUUAACAUACCCUAUGGAAGAGAACAGUUUGGACAAGGAUACAGUUUGAAAAACGUUGUGGAGGUCUCUGUCGUGGCUGAGAUAGUCUCGAAGCUUUACUCAGUAUCAAGAAAGGCACGGAAACCAAUCAGCGUCGGUGUGAUUUCUCCUUACAAGGCUCAAGUGUUUGCAAUACAAGAAAAGAUUGGCGAAAAGUAUAAUACAAGUGAGCAAUUCACCGUGAGUGUUAGGUCUGUAGAUGGGUUUCAAGGCGGUGAAGAAGAUAUUAUAAUAAUCUCAACUGUUAGGUCUAAUGGUAAAGGAGCAAUUGGUUUUCUAUCUAACCAGCAAAGAACCAAUGUAGCACUCACACGUGCGAGAUAUUGCUUAUGGAUUCUUGGGAACGAAGCGACUUUAACGAACAAUAAAUCAGUGUGGAGGCAGUUAGUAGAUGAUGCGAAAGCACGAGACUGUUUCCAUGAUGUAGACGAUGAUGAAUCAUUAGCUCAGUGUAUUGAAAGAUCAACAACAGCACUUGAUGAUCUUAGUAAGCUUGAGAACAAAAAGCUUAUCUCCUUUGAAAAUUCGAUAUGGAAGGUUUGGCUUAGCAAUGAGUUCUUGAAAUCUCUGGAGACGAUCGUAGACUCUGAAAUCAACAAAAGAGUUAUGAGCUAUUUGGAGAAGUUAUCAAAUGGGGAGCUUAACCAAGAGUCGGAGACUGAGAAUUUGUUUAGACAACACGAGAUCGAUGAUGGUCUAAGUCUCAUUUGGGCAAUAGACAUUAUCAAGAGAGAGAAUCACUAUGUCCAAGUUUUGAAGAUCUGGCACGUUUUGCCAUCUUCUGAUGUUUCUCGUGCCGAGAAAUGUCUAGAGCAACAUUUUAAAAGAUAUACGAAAGUCAAGAUUGAACGGUGCAGAUACAUUUGCUCUCAAGGAAAUUUAGCUGUACCGAUGAGAUGGCCGGUUAAGUCUUGCUCGCAGAAUGAUGUUAUAAGCGACAUUUCAAGGUCGUUUGCGUGUUUGAGUGUUUUGGAGGAAACUGAGACUCCCAAACCAAUCAAGAAACAAUCGACGGUGAAGAAGGUGUGGAAGAUUAGAAGAAAGGUUCAAGUCCAAAGAUCUUGACUGUUUCUUUCGUAAAAGUAUUGACUGAGUUUCAAGCACACUCUUUGUUUCCUC